UACUCUGGUUCGCCCUGCACGAGGACACAAAUGACAACAAAGAAAACUAACCUGAGACUAAAUAGAUGAGCACUGUCGAUACAGAUACUCGUCUUUCUGGCCAUGUGCUGUGAAUAACGUUAAAUCAACAAUAGGCGUGCACCAGUCUAAAUGUAAUACAUUAAACUAGUCGCUACUGCAGGAGUAAACAGGACUUUGAUAAAUAGUUGUUCGAUUCUGAACGGGAUCGCACCAAGGAAAAGUUAAUUUCAACUUUCCAUGGAUCAGCUAACCGAUUCCCCUCUCCCCUGGUUCCAUUAUGUCCACGCUGACACUCACUUCAUGAUAAAUACGACAGAGGACAUCCACAGAGGCCUUACGGAGACUGUCUAAUACCGACACGGAAAAAAAAAGAGGGGCGAACAAUGAGACAAAGUCAGCCUGGACUCUUUGAGAUGCGACCGCAGUGUCUGGGAUGAAGGAAGAAUUAAUGGCAUUAAAGAUUGGCACCAGGUGUAAGGUCUCUAGAGAGGCAAAGCGCAGUUUCGAUCAAACUAGCUUCAGAGCCCAACUUUGCUCCAAGACUACGGGAACUCCUCAUCGAUUUGAUCACACAACGUUAAAGAUACACUUAACAAAAUCUCUAAAAAUUCUUUGACAUUCACGUGCAAGCCAGAUAUUUGUAGAAAAUAAAUGUAAAAAAAAAGUAUCUUUCAAGAGGCUCGAGAUGAUUCUUUAAGGAUGAAGACAUCCUGCAGGACCUUCACCCAGGUUACGGACGGGUUUGAACAUGGAGAUCCUACGUCCACAUUGGAUAUCGCUCUGUCAAGGAAAGAAGAAGGCUACUGUCAAGGUGUCCGAGGAUUGAAAACUUCUCUGAACUCCAAACUGGCAAGUUGUCCACGUGCACGGUGUUGGGAGACAUACCAUGUAGAAAAGGUGUACAACCUUAUAGCUCCACACUACAAUGACGUAAAGCACAAGAAGUGGCCUAAAGUCAAUAAAUUUUUGAAAAAUUUAGCUCCUGGGACUUUGGUAGCCGACAUUGGUUGUGGAAACGGCCGUUAUUUGUCUGUUAACCCACUGACCUAUAAAUUGGGCUCAGAUAUUUGUUCAUCGUUUCUGGAGCAGGCCAGGUCGGACGGGUACGAAAUAAUUGCAGCAGACAACAUGACACUUCCUUAUCGAGAUGGUGUCUUCGAUGCAGUUUGCUCUAUUGGUGUGAUCCACCAUUUUUCAUCCCAGAGCAGACGUAUCCGUGCAGUGAAGGAAUUGGCGAGAAUAGCUUCCCCUGGCAGUAAGGUUAUGAUCUAUGUUUGGGCCUACGAGCAAACAAGGAGGAAAUUCACCAGCCAAGAUGUUUUGAUUCCGUGGUUUAAACCAGAACACUCUGGUAAGCCUAAUUGCCGCUUGAGAUUGGCUGGCAUGGAAGGAAAUAUUAACGUAUCAGUAGACAACUCGGACAGUCAAGAUGAGCAACUGGACACUGAGUCUGCACAUGACAAAGAAGCAGGACUGUGGGACAGAAAGGGAAUCAGCUGUACUCUGAUCUCGCCUGAGAGCUCUCUAGAACAGCAAAGUGCUGAUGCUUCUAGCGAUGCUGAAUGGAUUAGUGAAAUUCUUCCUAGCCCACCCCUAGAGCAAAAAAUGUUGAAUUGCGUAUACUCGUCAGACGGGACUGAUGAAAAUUGUUUAACCAUCGAUGAUACGAGCGCCAUAGACGAGAGAGAUAUUGAAUGGACUCCUCAAGAGUCAGAUUCGAACCUGCACUAUGUGUACCCCAAUCAGUUGGUGGCUGAGUGCAAAAAACUUGGAAGACUACUCAGACACUUUACUAACAAAAAUGAAAGUCGGUAUAUUCCGGAUUUGGACUUCACAGAUAAUGAAGACAUGUUCGCAGACUCUUACCAAGGAGUUUCCGAAACCCUGUCCAGGUUACAGUACCCAGAAGCAUACUGUCCCAAGUGUAAUGAAAAUGGAUCCUCUGUGUUAAGAGCUCGCUCUGGUUGUUCUGAUGAUGACACGUGCCAGAAAACUUCGCUUGUGUCUAACUUUGGGCCAUUUGAAACAAGUUUGAUGAAUCCAUCUCUCCAGGACGACUCUUCUUCUCACAAUUGGGACUCUUUUGCUAGCGAGAGCAUUGUCCUCCCUUCUUCAUCAGCAGACGCUACGACACUUGCAGACGAUCCCCUUGACAACGACAUAUCUACUUACAGCAGUUCCUCCGACACAGAUAACACAGACAACACAGAUAACAGCAAGCUUUUGUUGGAGCAAACUGAGUCGCGCACAGCUACUACAAGUAAACGCUUCUGCCCCUUUUCUAUGACGCCUCCAGAAGUUCCGUCUGACACCAGCAUUUACGAGUGCAGUGCAGACGAGAGUAAUUUGUAUCCAGAGGUGAACACCCAUCUUCUCAAGUUAAAUUCUAACAGUCGUGACGUGCCUUGCAUUCAAAAUCUUCAAUAUUAUGACAGACAUGUCAAACAGGCUAAUGUCACUGACGAUGAAGAGCAAACAGUAAGCUCCUGUGAACAUUCGCUUCCUGACACAAAUUUAGACAUUGAUAUAUCAACAAAUCAGCCCCCUGAUAGUCAAUUAUCCAAAGAGACUGCCCAUAUCUUACAUCCAAAAUGUACUACAGAAGUACACAAAACAAACACUUCAGACCCAUGUAACGAUACACCAAAAAAGGCAACCUUUGGUUAUCAAAACAAUAUCAAAAACAACUCUGCCCAAACAAACCACCAGGAUCAUUUGUAUUUAUUUGCUUUAAGACAGAACAUGAAAAAUGUAUUCACAAAAAUUAUCGACGCGUUCCAUGUGGGCAAGAAGACUGACGUCAAACCUAACGCAAGGCCGACGACAUUACAAUUAACACCUAGACCUAAAGUUUUGGACCUACCUCCAAGGGCUAAAAGAGCCGAUGAAAUAACACUCCAGUACUAUCGCGAGGUCUGCUACUUUCCGCCCAACAACCAGUACCAAAGUAUGAAGGCGUGUUUAGGUUCUGUCCCUGCUCCAAAAAGCCCACCAAAACUGAUACAAGGAAAACGUCACGGCUUGAUCGAUCUCGCGAGGCGUUUGUCUGGUAAGAAAGAGAUAGUUCCCCAGCACAAGGCUGCUGCUGGAGAAUCCAGAAAACUCAGCCUUUCAGACGCCCUCACCAUGAUUGGCGAUGGCUACGCUGCAGACAGCAUUGAGGACAAGCUUGACAGCGCAGCCAAGAAGGUCUUCACGGAAAUGAAAAGUGUGAACUUCGGAAUAAGGCAGUUCCCUCGAAGUAGCGUUGAAAAUGAGCCGCCUACAAAGCAAGUGAUAGAUCAUUUGAAGACAACUAACAGUCUUGAUGAACUCAAAGAAACCGCUAGGUACGCCAAAGAAUGUUUACAAAAUGGAUUAACGAAGCUUGGACAAGAUACAGUAAAGAUCGGGUUUGGUCAGUGUGCUAAGGAUUCUGCACAAGCGGCUCAUAAUGAUUCUUUGUGUAAUGGAUUGUCACAGGUGGUUCAAAGUACGAUCCAGAACGGGUUGACACAAAUACAUCAAAGUGAAACAUUCUCUGUAACGCAUACGGCUGUUGAGAGCCUUGUGGCUAAUCCAGGGAUCUCAGUGCAAGACAAACGUCUUCUGUUUAGCGUUAACGUGAAUCAACAAGUAUCAACAGUUCACGAAGAGCACUUCCAGAACAGGUCCAACAAUGCAGCCUGUGAUGGGCUGGACGCUCUCUCUGAUCACGAACACUGCAACGGAUCCAUAAUGGACACACUCCUCGAUGUGAAGUCCCUGCCCGGAAUGGACUCGGGUGACUCAAACUCUGACGCUGACCCAGGCCAAUGCAUGGGAAAUCCGAGCAGUGGGAAUGAGCGAAACAGAAUCAUAUCCAGCCUCAGCCGUUACUAUCACGUUUUCCGACAGGGGGAACUAGAAGAACUUAUCCAAAACUAUGUGCCUUCUUUAGCGAUCGUGGAGACGUACUACGACCACGCCAACUGGUGUGUGAUUGCUCAAAAACUGUAACGUCCUAUGUACAAUGUAGGAUGUAUCAGACUUUACACUCUCAUGUCAGAUCAAGAUGUUUUUAUCCAUUGUAUGAUCACUUCGAAAGAUUGCGUUAGGUGGCUAGGGACGUCAUAAACAUUGUAUACCUUAUUUCAUCUAAUAUUGCUUGAAACGAAUUGUAUUGAUAAACAGCAGACUACAUUUUAAAAAGAAAAAUCACAUUAAUAAAAUCUUUAGCUUUUGUACGAAUAGAACACUAUGUUUACAAAUGCAGGCUAUUAUUCCUGACGAAAAUAAAAUAAACAAAUGUAACAAAUUGACAUAA